UGGCAGCAGGGGGCGAUAUAAACCGUUAAAGUCACUGAUAUUUAAGACUAAACUGUUUCAAACACAUUUCGUUUUUCACCACUUGCUGCCGGCAUAUGAUGUAAUCUAAAAAUGCAAACGUUACGCAAACGUCCAUUUAAAUUGCAGUUACAGUGAGUCCUCACUGAUUCAGUGAGGCUCGACAUAUAUUUCCGACGUCACAUGAACGCAGCAGAAGUUGAGUUUUAAUUGGAGUCAGAUUUUUCAGGGAGAGGAGUGGCGUUUUUUUCUCCUCCCGGGGCAAUGGAGUCAUCCUUCACCACAGCGACGAGGAACUAGUCAUUGUACUGCAAAGUUUUCGGAGAGGAGUGUGUUUCUGGAUGGUUUGACCUUUAAAACGUUUUUCUUUUCAAAGUAAAGCCAUGACCGUGGUGUAUUCACGUACUUCACUUUAAGGAUGGAGUCAUCAUGUCUGGACCUAGCUCUUGAAGGUGAGCGGCUCUGUAAAAUCGGUGACUAUCGAGUCGGCGUCUCUUUUUUUGAGUCAGCCAUCCAAGUGGGAACCGAAGAUCUUCAGAUACUCAGCGCCAUCUACAGCCAGCUGGGAAAUGCCUACUUUCACCUGCAGGAGUACCACAAAGCCCUGGAGUACCAUCGACAUGACCUGACACUUACGAGAACAAUUGGAGAUGAAGUUGGCGAGGCCAAAGCCAGUGGUAACCUUGGGAACACUUUAAAGCUGUUAGGGCGAUACGAUGAAGCAGUGGUUUGUUGCCAGAGACAUUUGGAAAUCACCAGAGCCAUAUACGAUAAGGUUGGGCAGGCUCGAGCACUGUAUAAUUUCGGGAACGUUUACCACGCCAAGGGGAAGAGCAUCUGCUGGACUGGAGCAGAUCCAGGAGUGUUUCCAGAGGAGGCCAGGAUAGCUCUGAAGAAGGCUGCACAGUACUACGAAGCAAACUUGUGCCUAGUGAAGGAUUUGGGGGAUUGUGCAGCCCAGGGCCGAACCUAUGGGAACCUGGGUAAUACCUACUACCUUCUGGGGGAUUUUGAAAAUGCAGUGGUUGCACAUGAAAAGCGGCUACUUAUCGCUAAAGAGUUUGGGGAUAAGUCGGCAGAGAGGAGGGCCCACUGUAACCUCGGCAAUGCGCACAUAUUCCUCGGCCAGUACGAUGUGGCAGCUGGUCAUUACAAGAGAACUCUGCAGCUGGCCAGACUUCUGAAAGACCGAGCAGUGGAGGCCCAGGCCUGUUACAGUCUGGGCAACACCUACACACUACUGCAGGACUAUGAGAGAGCCAUUGAUUAUCACCUCAAACAUCUGGUCAUUGCACAGGACCUGAAUGAUAGAGUGGGUGAAGGAAGAGCUUACUGGAGUCUAGGAAAUGCCCACACCGCCCUAGGGAAUCAUCAGCAGGCCAUGUAUUUUGCUGAGAAACAUCUGGAAAUCGCCAAAGAGACAGGAGACAAAAGCGGAGAAGAAACAGCCAGAAUGAACCUGUCAGACCUCCGGCUGGUCGUAGGGUUGAAGUCUAAUUCCAACAUCAAUCCCAACGUUUUCUGCAACAUUAAUAGCAAUAGUUCUGUCUUGCCAGUAAGCUACCAGGGUUACAUCAACCUCCCAGUGGGGAUGACUCCGCUGAGGACAAGAUGCAGCCCAGAAAACCUGAGACUGAGUCCAAGUCCUGAGCACAACCAAAGCGAAGAUUCACAGACACAUCCAGAAGAUUCUCCGCCUAGCUCUUCGAAGCACAACACAAUCAAGGCCUCCACGAAGCUCUUCCUCUUCCAUCGACUGAUGAGCAAGAAGCAGAAGAAGUCACCUUGUAAAGAGCAGCAUGAAAACUGCAGUGAUCACACGGCCUCAGAUCAGGACUCACCUGUGUCCCAAAAGCCCGGAACACACGACACCAUCGGAGAAGACAACUUUUUCGACCUCCUCUCUCGUUUCCAGGGCAACAGAAUGGACGACCAAAGGUGCUCCCUACUGGAUGGUCAGAACCAUCUCCCUACCCAUCCCCCCUCCUCCUCCACCCCGCCUGUAGCUGAAAGAAAAUCUUUUUCAGCAUGCGAGCCACCCUCACAGGAUCCUGGUCAUUUCCUGGAGCUGCUGGCCAGCUCCCAGUCUCGUCGCCUGGACGACCAGCGAGUCAGCCUGAGCCAUUUUCCUGGCUUACGUUUCAGCACCUCCAACCUGCCUCGUACACCCUCCACCUCCAGCGCAGAUCAAGUCCCCACACAAGUGCCCGUCAGCAGCACAGAUGCCCCACACAAACCCUCCCUGCACAGCCAGCUGGAGGCCAGUACUGAGCAGCCUGAGGGAGAUGAAGUCUUCUUUGAUAUGUUGGUUAAAUGCCAGGGGUCAAGACUGAAUGACCAGAGGUGUCCUGCUCCUACUUCUACACACAGAGGACCAACUGUUCCUGAUGAGGAUUUCUUCAGUCUCAUCUUGCGUUCCCAGUCUAACAGGAUGGAGGAGCAGCGUGUCCAGCCGCCACCUGGUGUUGACCAGACCAAACUAGACUGAGUGUGUGAGUUUUAUUAGCGUACUAAUGAAGUGACCUUUUUUUAAAGACUAAGGAAGAAGCCACAAAAAAAAAAACCCUGCCCUGUGCUUUUCUGGUCGAUAUGACUUGAGGAAAUGUUGGUCUACAUUGUUGGGAAAAAAACUAAAAUCAGAGACCUCGGUAUUGGACAUCUGUCUGUUCUGGAGGCUUGCAUCAAGUCGCUCUUAAAAACUGGAUUUGGAUUACAUAUCUACUACUUUUGUAAAAACAAAAAGGAAGCCAAACUGUAUAAAUUGUAACCAUGGACUGGUCUCGGAGGUUCUCCAGAGAAGCUAUGAGGACAGUGUGAGGCCUGUUCCACCGUUAUUAUACAUGGGACGUCUGGGUUUUGGAUGGAAGCCUUGCACAACUCAGAGGUUCAAAUCUGGUACGUUACAGUGACAGUCAGAGCUUACCUCUGGAUGUUGAUUUUAGAAAACAUUCAGGGUGCACUGCCAUGAAGUAAUAUGGGAUUUUUUGUUAUUUGUAAUAAGAUUUUACAGGUAAAUAAUUUAGUGAGGUAAAAUAAAAAUACAUGUUCCUUUAGCCUUGAUGUUUGCCACCUUCUCCUGACAAUGGAGAAAUAAAAUCUAACAACUUGUAUCACAA